GACCGGGUCAGUGUGACCCGCCUACAAUUUCGCUCUGUGAUCAGCGCUCAGAGGCUACAGAUAACAGGCGAGGUUUGAUAUCUUAUAGGUAAUUAAUACGCCCGGGUAUAUGCGUGUUAUCAUACACGUGAUACGGGAUGGGUAAUGGUGGGUGUGAUAUCGGUGUGGAUUGAUGUCCCAGUUGGUGUAAUACGGUCGUAUCGGCUGCAGAGAGGUGAUCCCAACAGUAGGCAUGAUGGCGAUGCGGGGAUAAAAACUUCACGCCAGCAACACGACAGAAAGACUGAAGCACAAGGCCAACAGAAUGUACAAGCAAAGUGUUGCUGACGAGCGUAACAGCCAGGAGUCUCCCAUGAACACCAUGCAGGAUGAGGAGGGUCCAGCCAAGGGGACACAGGACGAUCCUCGAACUGAUGACAAGGACCAGACCUAUGUCCUCUCACGGCCACUUGGAGAUAUACCCGCCAGUUCCCCGAAGCAGCACGGGGGUUCCAUGGGCUCUGUUGAUUCUGUGACGUCAGGAGGAGACCCUGGGACCGACGCUAACAUUGACCUGACAGUGAACAAGAAAUGGAAGGUGGAUGAGAAGCUUCAUGAGAAGAUGCUUGCUUCUAACAAACCAACAAUACUGGUUCCGAUAGUAAAGUGGAUAUGUACAUUCCUUCUGGGAGUGGCUAUCCUCGCGUGUGUUUCAGCAAGCAAGUUGUCGAUCAUCAGCCUAGCAGCCAAGCUGAAUGUUAACACAACAGGAAAGCCAGACAAUGUGGCCAGAAAUGAGAGGGUUGAGGCCACCCGUAUUUUUAUCAUGAUAUCACUCAUCUUGUUGGUGCCAUACUGUUUCAAUUUUCUAAGAGCUGGGUUCUUUGCUUCCUGCCGGAAGGACAUGCCAUGGCCAAACGGAAAGUCUAUGAUAAUAGGAGUUGCUGUUGCAGUGCUGGAGUCAUUUGGAGUGUGUUUGUUUGCUUGGAAGAUUUUGGUGAACUUUGGUGGGUUUGUGGUGAUACUUCUUAUGAAUGCUGUGUUUGUUAUACCAUUCAUAAGCACCACCGUAUUUAACAUAAGACAAAGACAAGAACGUCCACAAGGCAAGCUGUUGAUCUUGGUGUCUCUGGUGGCCGCCUUGCUUCAGGUCACAGGUCUUGGGUUUGUUCUGUACCUUGCUUCAGACCAAAAUACUGGUAAACUGUGGCAUGUUCUAGUUGCCCUUGCCUGUCUCACUGUAGCCUGGGAUCCCCACAUACAACAACUGACGGUAACGCCGAAACUGGAAACUGAACUGGAAGAUGAAGUCACUGACUAUUCAACACCCGACACGACUUCCGGGUAUGACACGUAUGAGAGACCUGCCCAAUCCAGCAGUUCCACCAACCCUAGCACAAUAGAGGAUGCAAAUAUUGAUGAAACCAGUGACCAAACGUCUUUUGUUACCCCAAAAAGCCUAAGUACGACAUGGAAGAUGGCAGUUAUUUCCAACUUUGUCAAAGUUGUCGGGGUGCUGAUUUUUAGCUAUAUUUUUUUCUAUGUUGAUAGCACCAUCUACAGCAGUCAAACCCGCUUCAAGGCAAAUACUCAUCAGGAAUUUCUUGAUGCAUGGAGCUUUAAGGUGGAUAGUGAUUUUGACUACUUCCUGAUAAACAUACUCACAACAAUGGUAGGCUAUGCCCUUUCAUUCUUCGCAUGUCAAAUUGCCACUCAGAAAUGGGCCUUCGCUGUCCCUAUUUGUUUGACCGGUCCUCUCUUCCUGGUGGUGAUGUUGGUGAAAGACUGGUGUACUUUUGUCAUGCCAUUCUCUCCGGGGGCGUGCGCUGACGUCAACGGACAUCUAUGGGCUGCUAUUGUGGCCCUAGUGUGUUUUUUCCUGGCUCAUCUUCUUUCGGCAACAGUGCCAAUUUUCAGAAGCAGGCCUAUCGUCCUCCAGAAGGAGUCAUCAAUAUUCUGGCUGCCGUCUUACAAUGGUGUCUUGCUGGAACAGUGGUUGAUGCUCAACAUGCAGACAAGACCACGUGACCAGCUGAGACCAGGACCACACACAUCCCACACCAAGAGUCAAGUGUAUAUCUGCACCACCAUGUACAGAGAGAAUGAAGUGGAGAUGCGACAACUUCUCCAGUCCAUCAACAAAAUCAACUUGGCACGUGCUAAUGAUGACAGGUUCUUUGAGUCUCACGUCAUCUUCGACGGCGGUAUACGGAACAAAAACAUCUCUGAGUUUGCCUUACAACUCCUGACCUUGCUGAAGGAAACUCUGGGUAUUAUGACAGACAACUGCACGAAGGUGGAGACGCCAUACGGAAUGAAGUUGAGUUGGAACCUGCCCCAGCCUUCUUCCAAAGUCAGACCAAUGACGUUCAACAUACAUCUUAAGGACGGACUGAAGGUUCGAAAUAAGAAACGAUGGAGUCAAAUCAUGUACAUGUCCUAUGUGAUCGACUUCCUGAUGACGUCGAAUGAUGAAGACUGCUACAUCCUGACUACUGAUGCGGACGUCAGAUUUACUCCUGACUCGGUUGAAGCCCUCCUUGACCUCAUGACACGUGACCGCUCAGUUGGCGCAGUGUGCGCACGCACCCACCCUAUGGGAAGUGGACCUAUUGUAUGGUAUCAAGUGUUCGAGUAUGCUGUUGGCCACUGGUUCCAAAAGGCAGCAGAACAUGUUCUGGGGUCGGUGCUCUGUGCUCCAGGGUGUUUCAGUGUGUAUCGCUGUGUCGCCCUCAAGGAGAUCCUCACAGUAUACUCCACCAAUGUGGAACAUGCGUUUGACUUCCUGACAAAGGACAUGGGAGAGGAUCGCUGGCUGUGUACACUCAUGGUUCAGAGCGGUUGGAGAAUUGAGUACUGCGCAGCCGCUGAGAACUCCACACACUGCCCCAGUGAGUUUGAGGAGUUCUACAAACAGAGGCGACGUUGGGUGGCCUCCACCAUUGCCAACCUCAUGCUGCUGAUCAAACAGUGGCAGAUCAUCCGACUGUUCAACUACCGAGUGUCACUGCUGUUCAUUGUCUACCAGGGGGCGCUGCUCUUCUCCACUCUGAUUGGUCCCAGCACGGUCAUCUUGAUUGUUUCAGGUGGUUUGACAUUUGCCUGGGAGGUGGACUCCGUGGCGUCAGUCGUCAUACAGCUGCUGAUAUGUGUCAGCUUUGCCCUCAUCUGUCUCUACACAUCAGACAAGACACAGAUGCUGGCGGCGAAGCUGCUGACGUUCUUCUACGCGAUAGUCAUGACGGCUGUAGUUGUUGGGACGGCGGAGCAGCUUGUGGAUGACUUGGACAGGUCCGAGCCCAACCCCGACACCAACAGCAGCACCACCAUCAAUCCUAUCAGACCAUCAGAUGUCGGUAUUGAGAUUCCCGUGUCGGUGACGACGAUCUACUUUGGGUCAAUCAUGGCUAUUUUUGUCCUUGCUGGAAUCCUGCACCCUAGGGAAUGCUAUUGUCUCGUCAACGGUAUCUGGUACCUUCUGUGUCUUCCAUCCGGGUACCUGGUACUGAUGCUCUACAGCGUGUGCAACAUCACAGACAGAAGCUGGGGAACACGGGAGGAAAAGACGACUGAAACAUCCGUCAAGGGGGAACCCUGGUACAGCAGCAUGAGGAGGAUACUGGAGAACAUAUUCUUUUGUUGCGUGCCUAAGCAACAACCUGAGGAUCUGCCACACCAACGUGACGCGCCUCAGACUCAUAGAUGGAUGUCAACUGACGAUCUCAGGACGUCAUUGGGCGGCGACAUCCACGAUCAGCCAUCUUUACAAGUGUUUGAUGAAGGAGGAGGAGAUUCUAUUGUGGACUACAGGCGCCCUGUGGAUGAUGAGGACGACCUGGACCAGUAUAUGCCCAUCCCUGUCGAAGAGUGGCUCCCGCCUGAACUCAGGGCUUAUGGCGCAGUAUUCAGGAAGCAUGGGUUUGACAACACCCUCUUCAUAACCGGCAUGACGGAGAAGGAAUUAAAGAACAUCGGCAUCAAGGGCCAGGGUCCUCUACAGAACCUGCUGCAGAUGAUCGAGUUACUGCCUGCCUUUGAGAUCGAGUACGAAGUACCGACCAGCGUGACAGAAUGGUUGGAGACGAUCGGUCUCUCUGAGUACAAGAAGAACUUCAAGAGGAACCAGAUCAAGAGGCCAGUAGACCUGAGUGUGUUGAAGGGCUUUGGAAGGAAGGAGAUCGAGAGGGAGCUGAAGAUCACCAAAGCUGGGCACAUCAAGAGGCUUCUGUACGCCAUACGGAAGUUGAGGGAGCCAACGGAAGCUGAGAAGAAGGCCAUAGUCAUGAAAGCACGUGUCGACAGAUCUCCCAAGCACCUUCUCAGGAAAUCUAACGUUGGAGAGUACGAUUUCUGGAAACGGUUGAUUGAGGAUUCACUGAAACCUGGCAACAAGGCAUUUGGUAUUGAAGGAGAGCUGAAAGCGAGACUGAGCGAUCUGAGGAACUCCUGGCUCAUGAUUGUGGCCGUCAGCAACUCGCUGUGGUUGAUACUCAUCACCACUCUGGCUUCUAAAGGAAACCUCACUGUCCUUGGAGCAAACCCACUUGGUCUGAGUUUUCUGUUCAUAUUCGGCACCCUGCUGCUGGUCCAGUUCCUGGCAAUGAUCAUCCACCGCAUCUCAACACUCAUCCACUUCCUGGCCAGAGCCCCCUUCAAAUAUGGCGCACCCAUGAAAACCUCCUGGUCGUUCGGAGGCGCCACCCGCCUGCACGACACUGAGACCAACGACGAUUGGGAAGCCAUCCAGACCCUACGGCGGGAUGAGCACAGGAUCCGGGAGGCCAAGAGGAGACAGAAGCUGAAGAAGGCCCGAUCCAUUGGCAGCAUCUCUGAAAACGCGCCGCUGCUACAGAAUAGUCAUUCGAAGCAGGUGGGCUUGUCUGGGAGGUUUCUCUAUUCAGAUGACCCACAGGAAGCAUGACUCACCAGUGUCAGUGAAAGGGAUUUGUCGCAUGUGUGAUGCGUGUGUGCAUAAAACUCUGGUCAGUGGCUCCGAGCCAUGACAGUUCUAGAGAUGCAUGGACACUUCAGGGGACGCAUGAUGAUGCUUGCCGUGCUAUUGGAUCGCUACACAAAAUAUUGAUUUGAAAUGGGUCUUUGUAAUUAAAGAACCCAACUGUCGAAAUACCCUUUCUGUACAUUGUGAAAUGAUAUAGACUUCAUCAAAAAUAAAUGCCCGUUCUUUUAGCAA